CCACCCUCCUCACUCGAACUGGUCACACACUGCUUAAAUACGACCUUUCUGCUGCUCACAAUCCUUGCCCCUCUCUCAUUCAUUCCCUCUUCUUCACACAAUUUCUCACCACACUUUCAGGCUGUGUGAAGAUGGGGGCUGGUGGCAGAACCUCUGUUCCUCCCUCCAACAGGAAGUCAGAGAGUGACACCAUAAAGCGGGUGCCAUUUGAGAAACCUCCGUUUACUCUGAGUCAGAUCAAGAAGGCCAUUCCACCUCACUGUUUCAAGCGCUCUGUUCUCCGCUCAUUCUCCUAUGUUGUUUAUGACCUCACCAUAGCCUUCUGUCUCUACUAUGUUGCCACCCAUUACUUCCACCACCUUCCCCGUCCUCUCUCUCUCUUGGCAUGGCCACUCUACUGGGCUGUCCAAGGUUGCAUCCUCACUGGCGUUUGGGUCAUUGCCCAUGAGUGUGGCCACCAUGCAUUCAGUGACUACCAGCUGCUCGAUGAUAUUGUUGGCCUUCUUCUCCACUCUUUUCUCCUAGUCCCCUAUUUUUCAUGGAAAUACAGCCAUCGCCGCCACCACUCCAACACGGGUUCUCUUGAGCGAGAUGAAGUGUUUGUGCCAAAGCAGAAGUCCAGCAUGAAGUGGUACUCUAAAUACCUUAACAAUCCACCAGGCAGAGUCAUCACACUUGCUAUCACCCUCACACUUGGUUGGCCCUUGUACUUGGCUUUCAAUGUUUCAGGCAGGCCUUAUGAAAGGUUUGCUUGCCACUAUGACCCCUAUGGCCCCAUUUACUCUGAUCGUGAACGCCUUCAAAUAUAUAUAUCAGAUGCAGGAGUACUUGCAGUAUGCUAUGGCCUUUUCCAUCUUGCCAUGGCAAAUGGGCUUGCCUGGGUCUUGUGUGUUUACGGAGUUCCAUUGCUAGUGGUGAAUGGAUUUUUGGUGUUGAUUACAUACUUGCAGCAUACUCACCCUGCAUUGCCACACUACAAUUCCUCUGAGUGGGACUGGUUGAGAGGAGCAUUGGCAACAGUGGAUAGAGAUUACGGAAUCCUGAACAAGGUCUUCCAUAAUAUUACGGAUACCCAUGUAGCACAUCACUUGUUCUCUACGAUGCCACAUUAUCAUGCAAUGGAGGCUACAAAGGCAAUAAAGCCCAUUUUGGGAGACUAUUAUCGGCUCGACCAGACACCAUUUAUCAAGGCAAUGUGGAGAGAGGCUAAAGAAUGUAUUUAUGUGGAGCCAGAUCAAAGUACGGAGAACAAAGGUGUAUUUUGGUACAACAACAAGUUGUGAUGAUUAAUGCACCCGGGCAUCUUGUCCUUCAGGUGGGAAGCUUUACUUUCCUUUGUGUCUGUUUAGGAUUCAUGCUUGAAUAAUUUUGUUGAACUCUGAUGUUGGUAGUAGUAAAAAGACAGUAGAAUAGUAAUUUUGUUCCCGGAAUAAGAUAUAACAACUCUGAACAGCUUGAUUAUUGCACCAUGGUUUCGUUUGAAAUCAGUUCAGUGCUUGUCUACCUAGUUUCUUAAGGCUGUGAGGAAAGCUUAUUCUUGUUCUAGUUCUUGACUCCAAGUCAUUCGCAUAUUUCGUUAUUGACUCGGAAUCCUUAACCUUGCUUAUUAUUUUCUCA